AUGUCUGAGCUAGCUCCUCCGAAUAAGACCCCGCCGAAUCAAAUAGGCAACAGCAAGACAGGCGGUACUAUCCAAACACCCUCAAAAAAUCAAAAAAAGGAGGAACUGCCACCCGGGGAAUCGGAACCCCCCGAAGUACGCGAUAAGCGCCGUCAGCGGCUGCUGAAAUGCCUUGGCGAUAACAUAGAACACAACUAUUUGUUCAAUGCCUUUGUUGAAUCUCUGGGUGUGAAGGAGCGGUAUGAACGGUUCAUCAAGGAUUGGCCUGAUCUCUUCCUCAGCAUAGCCAGAGGAUCGCCAGUGGCUGAUAGCAAAGGCAUCGUAGCCAAUACAGGUCGCUCGGAAGCCAGACUCAGGGGGUUGCCCUUUACUGACGUUUUCAUAUCUUACCCGAAGUUGAUGGGGUUGACUAAGGAAGCUCGUUUGGUCGAAUAUUUUAUCUUCCUCUUCGACGCAAUGGUCAAUGCAGUUCGUGUCGCAAAUAAAGAUAUUCCAGCAGGCGGAACUCCAAUCCCAGCGUGCAGGCUUAAUCUGGAUGAACAUCAGACUGAUGCUAUACCAGGCACACCGCACAAGCCAGAUAUCACGUUUUAUCACAACUACAUGACAUAUGACAUUCAAUCCGUCCAUGCUAUACUCGAGGCCAAGAUGGAUUCGAACCCCAAGAGAACCCCAGAGGAUACUCGUGGCCAGCUCGCAGAUUACGGCUAUUUGCUCAAUGAUCAGCAGGCAACCCGCACGUUUGCGCCUAUCUUCUACCUCCAUGGGCACCUCCUGACGCUUCACGCAUAUUAUCGUGACAAACUGUACAUCGUCGAGCUUGGCCAGCUAUGCUUUAAUACGGGUCGUUGGACACCUGAACUAGCUGGAAGAAUUCAGUCAUGCCUCAUGCGGCUUUGGUUCCUGCUGACUCUUGAGUCUGACAUUUUCGGGCAUUUCUGCGAUGUCUCAGAGGAAUCUGACUCUUUCUUUUUUUCGCAGAAAGUCAAUGUGGAGAGCAAGGGCGAUUCGAAGAUCGAAGUCUUAUACUCAGCUUCCAAGCAUGUCAAGGAUGUCAAGGAUGUCAAGGAUGUCAAGGAUGGCGCUGCUCUGUUUUGUAUCAAGGAGACAAUAGCGCGUUAUUCAUACAUGAUUGGGCGCCAUGUCCAUUUAUUCAGGGGGACUUGCAAAGGUCGUGAUGCUGUGCUGAAGCUUUCCUGGACCCCAGUCAAUCGUUUGCCCGAGGGCGCCGCAUACGCCAUCCUCAACAAGAGACCAGUCGAAUGUAUCCCCAAGAUCUUUUCGAGUGGCCUGCUCAUCAGCGACCUUAAUGGAUACCGGCUGGAGUUCGUGCUCAUGGAAUACUGCGGCCAGUCAAUGGCCGAGUACCUGAAAGUCAAGACCAAAAAGGAGAUAUGCAAGCUAGUUCCUAGCUUUGUCAAGCAGCUGACCCUGUGCCUUGCCCAGGCAAAUGACACUGGUGUCCUGCACAGGGACAUCUCAGCAGGGAACAUGUGCAUCAAAAACGACAAGGUGUAUGUCAUUGACUGGGGCUGUGCCAAGGUCAUUGGCUGGGGGACUACUAAGGAUGCUGCCAGGGAUGCUGCCAGGGAUGCUCCUAGGGAUGCUGCUGAGGACACUGAUGAGGACACUGAUGAGGACACUGAUGCGGAGACUGAUGAGGAUGCCACUGAGGAUGCUGUUGAGGAUCCCACUGAGGACACUGGCCCAACCCAACUUAAACAUAUUGAGGUUGCCGAACAGUGGGGAUUCAAUGCAACAACAGUGGGACAAGUGGAGGUGGCCAAAGACCCAUUUACAGAGACGCCGCUUUUCAUGGGAAUUCCCAUGCUCAGCAGCAGCCCCAUCCGGGGAAUCCUUGACGACAUGGAGAGUGUUCUCUAUGUCGUUAUGGACGCAGUGCGUCCAGCUGGUACUAAUAGGGAUGACGUUCAGGGCUUCAAAUUCCUGGACUCUCCAUCCCUCGCCAUCACAAGGUGGGGUUUGAUCCAAGGUGGUGGUAUCUUGCUGAAGGGCUUCAGUGUUGAUGGUAUUAGCCCUAGUCUCAAAAAGCUCAUUCGUGCAAUGCGCCGGUUCCUUUUUGAACCAGAAAAUAAGGUUAUGAACCACCGGCUCUGGUCAAACAAGAAAUUUGUCCGGCAGGCCAACUGGGAUGCUGCUCCUGAGUUUAUGCAUCCCAAGGCGAUUGAGCUCCUCAAAGAGGAUAGUGGCCAGCUUAAGCGACCAGCUGAGGACGAGAUCAAUGCUGGGUCAUUCAAGAAGCUAGCACUUUAG